UUCACCUGCGCAGCUCUGCAGCAGCCCUCUGCUCUUCUGCGCGGCUAGGCAUCCUAAGAAGACUUCCCUGGGAGUAAGCCCAGGGUCGGAUUCGGAGUAGAGCUGCUUAGGAAGGCACAGUUUGAGCUCUCAGUCGUGGAAACAGGUUGGGGGGGGGGCUCAGCCCUAGAGAGCCGCUGCCGCAUGCCCUUUUCCAGCCCCCCCUCCCAUUCUGCCCCGGGGUGGCAAGAUCCGAGAGGCGCGCGUCUGGCCAACCCGUGGGAGCUUUGCAAAGCUCGGGCGCGGCGACAGCAAGUCUGGCGACAGCCAAGGAGCCCCCAAGACCCCCAGUUCAGAGAGGGGUGCCAGCUCCCGGGCGGGAGGAGAGGGGCUGGGCAUUGCCAGGUGCCCCGAUCUGGGCGCGCACGGCCUGCAGAGCUGCCCGCGCCGGGACGCCCCUCCUGCGCUUCGCCUCCGAGGAAGGCAGGGAGGCUGGAGGGAGGCGCCCCUUGGCUGGUCCGCCCCGGAGGAGGCGCGGCGAGGCCAGGCGAGGCGACGGGCGGGUCUUCCCCCGGCUUGGGCUGCGCACCGGGCCUCGUUGCAGUGGUCGGCCCGGCCGGAGGCGCCUGAUGGCCCCGGUCCGCUUCCUAAGCAGCUGGCUGAGACCUCUGCGAAGGAAGAUGGUGAACAUCAACGACCUGCCCCCUGACAUUCUGGAGGGCGUGCUGUCUCUGGUUCCGGGAAAGGAGCUGGUCUGCAGCUGCCGGCUGGUUUGCUCGCAGUGGCGCGAUGUGGUGGAUAUGCCUGCCCUGUGGAAGCGCAAGUGCCAGCAAGAGGGCUACUUACUCACGAUGUCAGACAGGAGCAUCCCAGACUGGAAGACCACCUACUUUCUCUGCAGCCUGAAGAGGAACUUGAUCAAGAAUCCCUGCGGUGAAAAGGGCUUGAAGUUCUGGGAAUUCAAAUCGAAGAAAAAGAAAGUGUGGAAGAUUGAGAAAGCACCAGAAGCCGAUGUAUAUUUUCCCCACAUUCGGAAAUGCUUUGUUGCAUAUCAUUUGUGUACCUUCAAGCACCAGCUCGUCACUUUAAAGAAUGAAGGCUACUGGGAUGAGCUGAUGGACGAGACCAAGCCAGAUAUUGUGGUGAAGGACUGGUAUUAUUUUAGCCCCAACUACCGCUACGAACUGUGUAUAAAAUUGCUAUCGGCAGACUUCAGUGUUCUCCAAGAAUGUCGCCCUGAAGAGUUCUUCAGACAUCAGGGGAGAGAUGAGGAUAAAUGGUGCGAGGUUUCGUACACUUUUCACAACUACCCAGCCGGUGUCCGUCACAUCCGCUUUAUCCAUGGAAACGAAGGCUGGACCUACAUGAGGGUCACCAACAGCAGUGUUACUGUCGGCCCAGAAGUUGCGCAACAAAGAGAACCGCCUGGAACUGAUUCGCCAGUCCAGCGUUGUGAUCGACAGAUGAAGCCCUGCUCUGUCUUCUGACCCUUUGGGACGUUAAGUGGUGUAGUGGUUGCAGCAUUUGUCCGAGGAUCGGGAAGAGCUGUGUUUGAAUCUUUAACUGCUGUGUAAUCUCGCCGUGUGACUGUGUGCCAGUCACUCUGUCUCAGCCUAGCUGACCUCACAGGGUGGUUGUUAGGAAGAUAAAGUGGAGGAGAAGAAAACGACAUUUAAACUGCAUUGGAAUGCCAGUGGGGAGAAAAGCAGGGUAUAAAUUUAAAAAACGAAACAUAUUGGGGACCAGCAGGGAAUCUUUUCUCCUUUUAGCUCAAUACGAGGAUCACAAUUUUCCUAUCUGUCUCUGUUUUCUAUUCAGUUCUCAUCAGGUUGUGUGUUGCUGUGUUACUGUUUCUUUUUAAAAUGUUUACAAAGUUGUGUUUUUCUGCAUAUCAGGCAGAAACCCAACUUUGUCUGUGGGGGACUGUUUGGCUGCCCUACUGAUCGGCAUUUGGCUCUCAAGUUUGCUAUGGAAAGGAAUGGUUCUCUACUGGGAAAGGUUUUUUUUUUUCAGGGGCAAAAAACACCUGUGUUUUGAUGCCCUUUUAUUACAGCAUACCUCUAAGGGUGAGGCAUUUUGGAUGCAUUCUGUUUUUUCUCUUCUUGUACUAAAUUUUAUAAUGAUUUCACUGUCUGGACAUUGGUUCCAACUUUCUAUUCCACGCCCCCCCCCCCCCCCCAAGAAGUCACUGAGAGGUCUUUCUACCUCUAAAGAGGCCUUAUGGGAUGUCCCAUCCACUUGAUCACAUUGAUUAUUCUAUAGAGAGAGACAUCAGAAUUGUACAUAAAUGGGUUCAUUUGAAACCAAGCAGAAAUCCGAAACAAAGCAAAAGCAUUAACUUGAAAUGUUAAACAAUGCAGGAGUUACAUACAACAUAUAGUACUUACUAUACACAGUGGUAUAGUCCACAGUCCCUUUCUGAACCAUUCUGCCAUAGUAUAGCUCUAUCUUCCUUUGUAAAAAUGUCCUCCCGAAUAAUUCAGUUUUCCUUGGUUGGGGGAAUGCCAGAAAUAUGGGAACCUUCUCAAUCUCCUCAGGCAGGGCAUUCCAUAAGAUGGGGGCUAUAAUAGAGAAUGCACGAGUAGGGACAAUUUUUAAUGUUGCCCAUUUGCAGGGUGCCACCUCCAGAAGGCCCUGCUCUGUCACGACAGAGUGGCAGCGCUGCAGAUACGAGGGCCCAAGGCCAUGAAGGGCUUUGUAUGUGAUAGUCAGUACCAUGAAUUGAUUUACGUUGUGUAAUCCGCCUUCAGCCUCAGAGAGGUGGACCAUAAAUAAUGUAAAUAAAUAAGUUUUAAAAAAAUUCUGUAUAAUCUUUCAGCUACAAAUUUACUUACUCAGGAUGCCCGUGGCUCCUAAAUUGCAAGCAAAAGAAGUUCUGAGAAGUGGAGAAUACCUGAAAUUGCAGCCUCCAUUUGGGGGAAUUGCACAAAAGCACGAAAGGGCAGCCGAAGGGCCUUCGAUGCCAAAGUGCAUCGGAGUUGUGGCUUCCGCUUUGUCCCAUAGCAUUCAGAUCACAAAUGAUGCUGCUGUUGUGACUCUCACACCAUAACAGAGCACGGGUGAGGCUGCUGUUGUGACUCUCACAUCGCAACAGAAUGGCCAAAUCUCAGCAUCUUAGCCCGAAUAUGAAUAUGGCGGAUGCCAGAAGGGUAGUCGUGAAAGAGUGGGAGACUGAAGAUAAGAGAGAGGAGUGUUGGGGUCCAGAAGAGGCAACAGCAUCAAAAGGAAAGGGAAGGGGCUGGUGUUGCUUAGUGACCGAGGAAGGAAUCAAGCCGUUCUGGGUUCGAAUCCUGCCCGGCCACAAGCCCCAGCUUCCUGCCUGUACGAAAGGUAUGAUUGUACUGACCUACAGAUGGACUUCUUUGGCAAACUACUGCUUGGUCAAGUCAAUAACCAAGAUCACAUUUCAGCUUGUGAAGUGAAAAG